CACACACACACGCAUUAUUAAAAAGAAGACUACCUUUCGCUGGGCUCGCUCACUGCCUGACUGCGCGUUCAUAACACCGCAGCCGCUCCACUUUUGCUGCACUUUUAUCUCUGCGUGUUCCGGAUCGAAGUGUUCUAACGAAGCCCGCACUGAAUAUAACAUCAUCGAGGACAAGCCCUCCUCUCGAUACGGGAGCGCGCGUAUGGAAACAUUUAUGAGCACUGAAAAGGACACGCGAUCACGCAGCAUCAUGAGAACACUCCUGCCACUAAAAAGGGAGGACCUGACAUGGAUCCCUGAAUAUAAAUGAAGUUGUUCCGCCAUGCAAUGUUCCUGGAAGGCAGUGAUCCUGCUGGCUUUGGCCUCCAUCGCCAUCCAGUACACGGCCAUCCGUACACUCACCUCUAAGCCUUUCCAGUUGUGUACAUUGCCCAGCCCACAGAACUGUGGUCUGGGGGAUCAGGAGACCGAACCCCCCAUUGAACGCGGGGCUGGAGGCUGCGAUGAUUACCCUUUCUUUUCCACCAAUGCAUCCCGCAAAACCCACAUCCUGGUCUUGGCUACCACCCGUAGCGGCUCCUCCUUUGUUGGCCAACUUCUCAACCAGCACCAAGAGGUUUUUUACCUUUUUGAACCUCUGCAUCAUGUUCAAACUACACUAAUCCCCCGUCUAUACCACAGCCACAACACAGCAGACCGCCGUGUGAUGCUGGGUGCUAGCCGAGACCUCUUGAGAAGCCUGUACGGUUGCGACCUAUAUUUCCUUGAGAGCUACAUCAAACCAACACCCACAAACCACACAACAGACAAACUUUUCCGCCGUGGUGCGAGCAGGGCAUUGUGCCAGCAACCUGUAUGUGAUGCCUUCGGCCCAGCCGAUGUCAAUGUAGAAGAGGGAGACUGCGUUAAGAAAUGUGGACUUCUUAAUAUGACCUUGGCCUCUGAAGCCUGUCGAGAGAAACGGCAUGUAGCCAUCAAGAUUGUCCGUGUGCCAGAGAUCGGGGAUUUGCGUGCUUUGUUGGAGGACCCUAGACUGAAUAUCAAAGUGAUCCAACUUGUCAGAGACCCUCGUGGUAUCCUAUCAUCCCGUAUCGAGACAUUCAGGGAUACCUACCGGCUGUGGCGUAUAUGGAGGGCUACAGGUCGAAAGCCCUAUAAUCUUGACUUGAGUCAGCUCACUGUUGUCUGUGAAGACUACCGAAGCUCUGUAUCAACUGGUCUCAGUCAUCCAUAUUGGUUGAAAGGGAAAUACAUGUUGGUUCGCUAUGAAGAUUUGGCGAAAAAUCCACUCCACAGGACGAAGGAGAUCUAUGACUAUUUAGGACUGCCGAUGGAUAAAAACGUGGAAAACUGGAUACACGCAAACACCCGCGGCAGCAAUGAACCAUCAGCGAAACAUAAAUUCGGUACAAUACGAGACUCGGCAGCUAAUGCAGAAAGCUGGCGGUUGAAACUGUCUUAUGACAUGGUAGAAUACACUCAGACAGUGUGCCAAAAGGUUCUCCAUCAACUUGGAUACAAGUCCGUUAGGUCAGCUGAGGAACUGAAAAACAUGUCUAUUUCACUGGUGCAAGAAAAAACCUUUGUACCCUUUUUGUAAGAGGGAGUUCUUUAAUGACUAUUUUUAUAUAUUUAUAAUUGUUGCCUUAUCAUGUCAUUGGUUGUUGCUUUUAUUUUGUCUAUUCAAAAUUGCACUAAAUGAGAAUUUGAAUGCACGAAGGGACUAAGUAUGUUCCCCAAAUGUUAUGAACAGCACACUCAAAACAAUAAAUAAUCAAACAAACUAGUUUACAAGUGUGUCAUUUAUGUUUUACCAGGACAACGGGUCUCAUUCGUCAGUCAUGGGCACCCACAGAUUUGUGACCAAUCUAUGAUUCAUCCAUAUGUUUUACUUGAAUGUAUGCGGAACCUGGGAACAAAUUCAGCACCUCCCCAAACCAUAAUGCAUUUACAUGAAUGAUAAAUUAUCCAUUUUCGAACAGAAUUACCAAACAAAUCUUUUUCUCAAUAAGAACAACAGAUUGAAACGACAGUGAUUUACAGUUUAGCAACAAUAAUAACUUCAACCAGAAAUUUGCUCAAAAUCUGACUAAAUUUAAAAAUAAUUAUGAAACAGAUGAACCUUUUGUAUUGGCAAAAUAUCUCAAACAAGAGUUUCCAAAUUUAUGGCUGAAAAACAAAAAGAUAAUUCGAUGGGCAAUUCUUAUUCUUUCAAAUCCCUAUGACAUCCUGAAUUCAAAAUUUUCUAUGACAGCUGCAAAAUUUAGGAUCGAUUGAUUAUUUAAAAUUAACACUGUUUUCAUUCAUAUUUUUUGUUUGUGGGUAAUUUUUACUUAAUGUAUGUAUUUAUUUAUUUUCCUUUGGGAAUGAAUUUAAAAUUAUUCACAUUUUUUAAUUGUGGAAAAUGCAAACUUUUUGAUGAUAACAUUUUCCACCCUCAUGAAAAUGGUAUAAUGGUUAAGAAUGUUGGGAAACCUUUGCGGCCAAAUCUGUGUGCCCAAACUGAGUGACUGGCUGAGAUUUGUUAAAUGCCCGGCAAUUGGGAAAUAGGGACACGGUGCGCAGAUUGCAUGAGGUCCUCAUUUACUUUGUAGAAGGAAUUCUGAUUCACAGACAUUUACACGGGUGUGCAUAGAAAAUAAGCUGGUACGUAUCAUGAAUUUGACAGUAAUUUUGCACAAACACCGACAUUGUGCACAGAGUACUAAAACAUUUCUUCACAUUUGUAAGUAAAUGAGGCUCAUUGUCUUCAUUCACUUUGUGUAUAGAGUAAAAUGUUGCCCUUCAAAAAUGUUUUGUUUAAUGGAAUGGUUUAUUUGUUUCCUUCCCAAGUAUGGCAAAAUUGUGCAAUAAAUAGUGAAUGUUCCAGUCCACCUUUCAGGGUUUCUAUCAAUUCAAUAAGGAAAUACUGUAGAUACCAACAGGCAAAAGCAAAAAUAAGUAAACAGUUUCUGGGUCAUUUUUUUUAUAUUGUAUACAUGCAUGUUGAAAUAAUUUCCUGCUAUUUGUUUAAAAUCAUUUAGUAUUUAUUCUAAAAAAUAAAUAAAUGAAAAAAAACAACAACAACAACAUUGCAUCAGCCUACUUACACAGCUAGCCAUGUGCAGACCUUUUCACUACUGUGAGAGUACAACUUCACAAGAAUAUGUCAAACAGCAUGCUCUCAGAUUUCUAUCCAAUUUAUUUGCAAAGAAAAAAUAGCUGUUCAUCAAUGACGAGCCGUCAGCCGAUCUAGUUGAAGAUAAUGUACAAAACUUAUUACUCAUCGUUCCAGUUCCUUUAUGGGCGCUGCAUGAUUUAUAUCUCUGCCGAGGUGUCACGAUCAAAUAAUUAAAAUCACGCCUUUCAAAAUUUGUCAGCCAGAACAGUCCAAAAGCCUGCUGCAUUACCAAGACUUACGCUUCGAUGCCACUUCCAGUAUGGCGCUGAUGUCAGGUUCGGCAAACAUGACAGCCGUCUAACAUUGAUGAAUUACCAUGUGUUAUUCUAAUUCCACAAUUGUAAUAUUAAUCAGAGAACCAUGUUUUAAUUUAUGCUGACAUAUACAAUGUGUUUGUGGAAAAAAAGGGGAACAAAUGAUGUUUACUUCUCCCUUUAAUGGACAUGAAACCCAAUGAAGGUCAUAAGUGUUUAAUGAGAGGAUUUACAGCCGUCUGUGACAAACAUUGUAAUGAGAGGUAACUCUUAAAUCUCUACUCAGUGGGUAUUUAGAAUUUAAGUCACAUUUUUCAAGAUAGUUGUGGCAUUAUAGACUUUGAUAUUGAUAUUUAUACAAACCUUAGCUCAAAAUGAGGCAUUUUGUGAUAAAGCAAAAUAAUUUUAAAAAUAUGUUAUUUAAUCACAUUUUUGUAAUGUAAAAAUAUGUAAUUGCAGAUGUAAUAUAAAACAUCGAUUGGAAUGGCGAAAUGCUUUUUUCUUCGUCUUUUAGGCAAUAAAGAGAUUUAGCAUCAACCUAUUUUGUUAUACAAUACAUUUUCGGCCAUCUGGGAAACAAAACAUCCGAAAAGACUUAAUGACUUACUGUAUAUACUUAAGACAGCAUCGCCUCAUAUCUAAAAUUUACUAAAGACCAAUGAGCCGUCGACAUUUCGGAAUAACUUUUUUUUUUAAACAUCUGAGCUUUUAGUUUUUAUUUAUUAAUGGUGUCAUCAUUUAUUAUUAAUGCAUACAUUGUGAAAUAACUGAGUUCACCCACAAAAUAACCCAUAUGAAAAAAAUGCUCAUCAGUAUUGGUGGCCUGAUGUCCAUUGAGAUGCAGAGCACAAACCUUUUGAUCCUCCUCAGCAUCAAUGCUGGAGGCAAGCGUUCUCUUCCUUGUGUUUUUCCAGCGCCCUCUGAUUUCUUGCAACAGACCUCUCAUGGGACUCAUCCUCACUUUUGGUUUUUCACUUGACUUAACCUAUGAAAUGACUGACUGUGUUUGGAGUACUCUUCAUUUCUAAAACAUUUUGCAAUGCUCGGAUUAUGGGAUUUUUGCUUUAGUCAUUUCAACCAAAUAUGCUAAGUGUUAGCUCUCUUAAUUAACUCAUUGGCAGCCAAUGAUGGCGAUAGACGUCCAAUCAAUUACACUGGUAAGCCUGGCAGACCACUUUUCCUAAUUAACUUCUUUCGAAGCCAAUUAAAGCUUUGUUUGACCAGGUGUUCUACACUGUCUGUCUUGUGUAAAGGGUGUGUUUUUAGAUACUGUAAUUUUCAGUGUUUGCUUGAAAUAGACUACACACUGUACAAAAAUAUAGCCUAAAAUAUACCAAAAACGGUGCAAUUGCUUUAAAACAUUAGCAAUGCUACAACAGGUAGUAUAAAAGCAAUUGGAUGCACAUAGGGACACACAUACUGUUUGACACCAGCAUUUCUUUUGUUGCUGGUCAUGGACUUUUCUUUUCCAUCCCUCGCGUCUGGGUUAAAUAAUUCAACAGCCUCUAAUAGAGAGGCAGACAAAAACCCCUCAUUAUGUGACCUUAAUAUUUUGACCUUGUGUCUGUGCAUGAAGGAAAAAAAGAAAAGAAAAUGCCUACUUGUAACAACUGAGCUGAGCUGACAGAACGUGCUUGGAGCAUAAAGCUACUUGACAGCAAGCAAAUGCUGCUGCAAAGCAAAAGCAUUGUGAAAUAAUAGGCUCAAAUAAAUGUGUUUUUGAAGAGAAUGUUGGCAUUAAAAUGCUGCAAGAUGUUCAGCUAUUAUAAAAAAAAAUGUGGUUGAAAAGAUUAUAAACAUAGACUUUGAAGCCGACAAGCAUUAAUGAUGUUCUAUACAGUAAUCAAUACCAUUCAUAUAGUGUACAUAUUAUGGUAUCUUUCAGUUCUGUUUAGGUUGCCCAAGUAGCAAAUUGAUAGCUGUGAAAUUGGCACUCGUGGGAUGGGUGUGCUGAGUUUUACCACACGUGACACGAGCAGCUUGAUUGAAGCUGUAAGAGAGGCAUAACAAUUGGGUUAUUAGUAAUAUUUUCAAGAAAUGAUAGUGGCUUUAAUGGCCAGCGCUGUUUUGAAAUCACAAUUUUGAAAAUGAAAUAUUCUCUGUAUUAUGCAUAAUAUCUGUUACCUCUUCAGGGAGGAUAAUAUCACAAGUGACCUUGGAACUUGAAUUUAUACCGUUCAACAUUAACAUACUCAAAUGGAAAUAAAGUGAAA